AUGAAUGGUCACAAUUAUGUUCCGAAGGAGGUUACUCAAGAUAAAAAGGACUUAAAAGAAAUUCUGUCUCAAGAAAUACAAUCGCAAAGCACGUCAUCGCAGGAAACUACAGUAGAGGAUAAGGAUAAGGAAUCUACAAGUAAAUUUGUUAACGAAGGGCUGGAAUGUUGGAACAAACGAAGAGAAUUAUGGACUCGCGGGAAUCAGAACAUUUCAGAAACUUCUGAUAAUAAAAAUAAUCCAGCGUUGAUGAACAUUACCCCAAAUAAUUAUAAUUCCAUAUAUGAUUCUCUGGUUUAUGAAAAGAAAAAAUUAGCAAAACCUGUUCCUUUACCUUACGUGACACAUGUGAAUGAGAAAAAAUUUUAA